AUGAAAGUAAUGGAAAUGUCAAAGCAGGAAAGUAGAACGAAAAAGAAGCAACGCCACGAUGUACACCAAAAGCAAGAACAUACGAUGACUCAUACCGAUGAGAAGCCGUACAGUUGUCCGACAUGCAAAAAGAACUUUACUCAGUUCAGUAAUAUGAAAAAACAUAUGAUGACUCAUACCGGUGAGAAAGCGUACAGUUGUUCAAUAUGCAAAAAGAAUUUCACUCAGUUCAGUAAUAUGAAAAAACAUAUGAUGACUCAUACCGGUGAGAAGCCGUACAGUUGUUCAAUAUGCAAAAAGAAUUUCACUCAGUUCGGGGAUAUGAAAAAACAUGUGAUGACUCAUACCGGUGAGAAGCCGUACAGUUGUUCAAUAUGCAAGAAGAAUUUCACUCAAUUCGGGGAUAUGAAAAAACAUAUGAUGACUCAUACCGGUGAAAAGCCGUACAGUUGUCCAGUAUGCAAAAAGAGCUUCAUUGAGUCCGGCAAUAGAAAAAGGCAUAUGAUGACACAUGCCGGUAGAAAACCGUACAGUUGUUCAGUAUGCAAAAAGAAUUUCACUCAGUUCAGUAAUAUGAAAAAACAUAUGAUGACUCAUACCGGUGAGAAGCCGUACAGUUGUUCAAUAUGCAAAAAGAAUUUCACUCAGUUCGGGGAUAUGAAAAAACAUAUGAUGACUCAUACCGGUGAGAAACCAUACAAUUGUCCGAUAUGCAAAAGGAAUUUCACUAACUCGGCUAAUAUUAAGCAACACAUGCUGACUCAUGCCGGUCAAAAGCCGUACAGUUGUCCAACAUGCAAAAAAAAUUUUACUCAGUUCAGUAAUAUGAAAAAACAUGUGAUGAUUCAUACCGGUGAGAAGCCGUACAGUUGUUCAAUAUGCAAAAAGAAUUUUACUCAAUUGGGAAAUAUGAAAAUACAUAUGAUGAUUCAUACCGGUGAGAAGCCGUACAGUUGUUCAAUAUGCAAGAAAAGUUUCACUCAGUUCGGGGAUAUGAAAAAACAUAUGCUGAUUCAUACCGGUGAAAAGCCGUACAAUUGUCCAAUAUGCAGAAAAAGUUUCACACAAAAAUACCAUUUGCAGUCUCACAUGCUAACUCAUGAUAUAAACAGACCAGUCUACCACUGUACUGCAGCGCAAACGGAUCAAACAGAACCAUUGGAUUUAUCAAUAUCAAAAGAAAAAAGAGAUGCAUUACAAGGCUUAUCAAUGGAAAGAAAGGAUGAAGAGGAAAUUGAACUGCAAUUGCUUCAAACAAAACCAUUGGAUUUAACCGCUUCAAAAGUCAGUGAUGAACGAAUUCCAAUCGAAACAGUCAUGAAAGUAAUGGAACUAUCAAAGGAAGAAAGAAGGGCGGGAAGGAAACAGCAUUGCAAUAUAUGUCAAAAGGAAGUAACACAUAUGAAAGGACAUUUGAUAACUCAUACCGGUGAGAAGCCGUGCAGUUGUCCGAUAUGCAAAAAGAAUUUCACUGACUCCAGUAAUAUGAAUAAACAUAUGAUGAUUCAUACCGGUGAAAAGCUGUACAGUUGCCCGACAUGCAAAAAGAAUUUCACUGACUCCUACAAUAUAAAUAGACAUAUGAUGACUCAUACCCGUGAGAAGCCGUACAGUUGUUCAUUAUGUAAGAAGAAUUUUACUCAGUUCAGUUAUAUGAAAAAGCAUAUGAUGUUUCAUGCCAAUGAGAAGCCGUACAGUUGUUCAAUAUGCAAAAAGAAUUUCACUCAGUUCGUGGAUAUGAAAAGACAUAUGAUGAUUCAUACCGGUGAAAAGCCGUACAGUUGUCCGAUAUGCAGGAAAAGUUUCACUGAACCCGGUAAUAUGAAAAAACAUAUGAUGAUUCAUACCGGUGAAAAGCCGUACAGUUGUCCAACAUGCAGGAAAAGUUUCACACAUAAACACCAUUUGCAGUCUCACAUGGGAACUCAUGAUGUGAAUAGACCUGUCUAUCACUGUACUGUAUGCAGUAAAGAUUUUCAGACAAAAAAUGGCUUGAAAUUUCACAUGCAGAAUCAUUAA